CAGUUGACCGCGGGACGCCACGCGUGUCCGACCGCUCGCGACCGUGAGUGCAGUGUACGACUAUAUGUGACAUCAAACAAUGUUAUAGUGUUUGUGAGUGCAUAAAACAAAAUGAAGUCCCGGUGUAGACGUGCGUCCGUCGCGACGGUCGGCGCGCUACUGACAAUAAUCGUGUGCGCAGUGCCCGAAGUUAGCUCGGUAGAGGGGAGGGAGUCGCAUAGGUAUACGAUAGAGGAGCUCAUGACGAUGCAUGUGGAACAUAAGGAUUCGGGGGAUCUUGGGAUGGAUCCGUGCAAAGCUGGUAACUUCCAAGGCGACAUCGCCUUACAAGACACAGACUUCAAACCCAUGAAGCCUACCUCCAAAAUCAACAAGUCUCUACAAGAAGAAGUAGAGAGGCUAAAGAAGGAAGUACUACUCGAAGGGUUACAGGUAGAAGAGGAAGGUUUACCUGACAUAUUGAGGAAGAGGACGAAGCAACCGGCGCCGGCGCCAGAGAAGCCAAAGAAGUACAAUGACGCGAUGCUGAUGACAAAGGUUUUACCUUCGGGCUUAGACAAAUCAAUAUUGUUAAAAAAUGGUAAACUGCCACCCGGAGAAAUGCUAGAUAAUAUAACUAGUAAAAUUAAUCAAACCAAAGAAGAAUUAGUUACUAAUCAAACUAGCCCCAUUGAGAAUCUGACUGAAUCAGAAAGCUUAGAACAAGAUGGAGUUCUAGUCGUUAAUAUUUCAACUGACAAUAUUUUAAAUUUAGAUGAAUUAUAUCCAAAUAUGCAUUUAACAAGCACUGCCAACAAAGUCGAUGAGAGAAAUAAAAUCCAGAGCAACAGCCGUGAGAUAACAGGAGACUCUAAUAAUAAUAUAAAAGUGAAAUCUCCACCUGAAAAUGUGACGAUGGCUCCUGCUCCAACUAACGGGGUUCUAGUCACUAACGAAAGAGAGGAAGAUAUUGAAAGUGUGGAAAAGGGAGUUAUCAACAAAACCGGUGGUGAUUUAAAUGGAAAAUUUCUAGAAGCCAACGAUCUAUUGAAGCCGACUGAAAGUUUGCAGAGUCUGACAGAAAAGACGUCGAGCAGGCAUCGAAGAAGGCGAAGAAGACACGGUAAUGGGAGACGGUUAAGAAACAUCCACUCAGGUGAAAGGACCGGGAAAAAUACAGUCAAAUCAGAUGAGCUAGGAGAAAAUCAAUCGGAGCGUAAAAAAAAUUUUCGUCACCGAAAAAAGCACUCAAGCAGAGAACACAGCGGAGAAAAUAGAAAACUGGUUGUACCAGAACAUGAGUUUGAAGAGAAAUUCGAUGUAAAACCACCCCCGAAGAAUAUUAUAGAAACCGGGAGUGGACAAAAUCAACAAUUCAACAAUUGGUUUUUUCGUGACACCACUGAAGAUUUAGAUGCAAUGGAAAGCUACCAAAGCAGUAACGGGACUACCGCUCGUCACCGCUCCAUUCGCGCCGCCACCAACCGCAAGGAACGCAUCUGGGAGAACGGCGUGAUCCCCUACGAGAUAGACGGGAACUUCAGCGGCGCCCACAAGUCCCUCUUCAAGCAGGCCAUGCGGCAUUGGGAGAACUUCACGUGCGUGAAGUUCGUCGAAAGAGAUGUACUGUUGCAUAAGGAUUAUAUCGUGUUCACUGAGAGACCUUGCGGAUGCUGCUCUUUCGUCGGCAAGCGCGGCGGAGGCGCCCAGGCCAUCUCCAUCGGCAAGAACUGCGACAAGUUUGGCAUCGUCGUGCACGAGCUCGGGCACGUCGUGGGCUUCUGGCACGAGCACACGCGCCCCGACCGCGACCGGCACGUGCAGAUCAUCAGGGACAACAUCAUGAUGGGACAAGAAUACAACUUCAAUAAGCUAACAGAAGAAGAAGUGAACUCCCUCGGACAGACGUACGACUACGAUUCCAUCAUGCAUUACGCGAGGAAUACCUUCAGCAAAGGCACAUACUUGGACACGAUUCUGCCGCUGGAGGUCCAUGGAAAGAAACGGCCGGAGAUCGGGCAACGAGUCAGAUUGUCCGUGUCUGAUAUAGCCCAGACGAAUUUGCUAUAUAAGUGUGCUAAAUGUGGUCGCACGCUCCUUGGUAACUCUGGAUGGUUCAGCUCACCCGGUUGGGGCUCGGAGACAGCACCGGUCACACCGGAGCGCUGCGAGUGGCGCAUCGUAGCUACACAUGGCGAGCGAGUAGUCCUUAAUAUCACUGAAAUCGACAUCCACAAAUCCGAAGAGUGCCGUUCCGAAUGGGUGGAGAUCCGUGACGGCUACAUGCCGAAUGCGCCGGUCUUGGGGCGUAUAUGUGGCUCCGGGAAAGGUCCCAUGAUGAGGUCUACGGGGUCCAGGUUGACUGUGGUCUACCAGCCGGGGCUUAGGCCUAAGCCGUUUAAAGGAUUCAAAGCGCAUUACGAAGCGGUAUGUGGAGGAGACAUAGAAGUGGACAGUAGCGGCCAUCUUGAGUCCCCGAAUUACCCCGACGAUUAUCAGCCCAACAAACUGUGCAUCUGGAAGCUGUCUGUACCUGAAGAUUACCAAGUGGCCCUCCGUUUCCACUCGUUUGAAGUGGAAAACCACGACACCUGUUCCUACGACAAGGUGAAAGUGCGCGAUGGACACUCCAUGGACAGCCCGCUUAUUGGAGUAUUCUGUGGACAUAAGAUUCCUCCUGACAUCAGAUCCACGUCCAACAAACUCCUCGUAAUCUUCGAGUCAGACAGCUCAGUGCAAAAAGCCGGGUUCUCCGCCACCUUCAUGAAGGAGUUCGACGAGUGUUCCAUCAUAGACCACGGCUGCAGUCACUCGUGUGUCAACACGCUGGGCGGGUACGAGUGCGCUUGUGAUAUUGGCUACGAGCUGCAUUCUGAUGGGAAGAAGUGUGAAAACGCCUGCGGUGGAGUCCUGGACGCUCCCAACGGCACCAUCACAUCCCCGUCUUUCCCCGACCUGUACCCGCCGUCCAAGAACUGCCUAUGGGAGAUCGUGGCCCCUCUGCAGCAUAGGAUCACUCUCAACUUCACACAUUUUGAUCUGGAGGGGAACAAUAUGUAUCAACAGGAAUGCGAAUACGAUAGCGUGACGGUGCACUCUCGCCUGAGUGCUGAGAAGUUACGGCGUCAUGGCGCUUUUUGUGGCUCCCAACUGCCUCCUCCUGUCACCUCUGAUGGAAACGUGUUAAGAGUUCAGUUCACCUCCGACGCGUCCGUCCACCGCUUCGGCUUCGCAGCAGCCUACUACAUCGACGUCGACGAAUGCGCUGAAAACAAUGGCGGCUGCCAGCACGAGUGCCACAACACGUUGGGGGGAUAUGAGUGUGCUUGCCGAAGUGGAUUCACGCUGCAUCCGAAUAAGCAGGACUGUAAGGAGGGCGGGUGCAAGCAUGAUGUGACGCAGCCUCAUGGGACUAUUGUCAGUCCGAACUACCCUGAUCUGUACCCAUCGAGGAAAGACUGUGUGUGGCAGUUCUCAACAACUCCUGGGCACCGGGUCAAGCUGAUUUUCAACGUGUUCGAGCUGGAACCCCAUCAGGAAUGCGCCUACGACCACGUAACCAUCUACGACGGCGCAUCAGCCGACGAGAAGACCCUCGGCCGUUUCUGUGGCGGCAAGCUACCACAUCCUGUCGUCGCGUCGCAGAACCAGAUGUACGUCGUGUUCAAAUCAGACGUAUCCGUGCAGAGGAAGGGAUUCUUGGCUACGCAUUCCACUGCAUGUGGCGGCUACCUCUCCGCCACAGAAUCCGUGAAACACCUGUACUCGCACGCGCGCUACGGUGACGACUCGUACGAAUCCCGCGCCGACUGCGACUGGAACAUCGUGGCGCCGCUCGGACACUUCGUCAAGCUCACCUUCCUGACUUUUGAGCUGGAGCCGGAAUCGCACUGUGGAUACGAUUAUGUGCAGAUCUUUGGGGGGUAUGAGGGGAGUGCGGGGGACUAUGGGAAGUUCUGCGGGACUGUGAUGCCACAAGAGCUGAUCUCCACAACAGAGGCCCUCCUCGUCCGCUUCCGCACCGAUGACUCCAUCGUCUUCAAAGGCUUCUCCGCGUCUUACCAGGCGAUAAAGCCAGAAGUAUGGAGCGGAGAAGAUAGUUCGGAGGGCGGAGAAGAUGAAGAGGAGGAUGAACGGAUGCCGCCGCUGGUGGUGGGGAGAAGGGGAUUACGCGCGCCGUCACCCAGAUUCGUGCGGCGGCCCACGUGACGCUGGCCGCUGCCGCGCCACCCGCGCCACCGCCGUCCUCACCGCACCUUCCCCCGCAACACCGAGAAGCUAUAAACACACCCCAUCUUGGCUAGCCUGGGGGCCUACCGCGAAAAGUGAAAUUCGCAAAUUGCGGGAUCUUUCACUUUCGCUCCGAUAGAGGCGUAAUCAGAGUGACAGAGGAAGAUGCCCAUAAUUUGCGAGCUUCUUCUUCGCGAUUCCCAGACUUGCGUUCUCGCGUGGGACUCCAUAUAUCUAGCGCGAAUCCAAGUAUGAAGUCGCGCGCGGGAACGCAUUUCAUGCUAGCCGAUCUGGACUUAUUAUGUCCAGUCGUAUCAACCACAAUUAACAGACUAUCAACGUCAUCCAGCAGAGAACUAUGAAACUUCCCAUACAAUACAAAUUUGCGAACGUUUUAGCGACCAGACGCUUUGGCGCAACGGUGCAACCCACCCUUAAAAGCAGGAAGAAAGGAAAAAUUUUGAAUUCACAUCCCAAGUGAUCUUAACAGAACAACAUCAGAACUUUCACAAAAAUAACCUGGUGCUGUGGGCUGCAUUUCCAUUAGGAAACCGAACAUUAGGAAGGAUGAAACCGGGCGGGCAAUAAGUUAAAUACGAACUCAAACUGCCAUCGUGACUCCUCCUAAGGCCCAAGGUCCUACCUAUAAUAUACCUCUUCAGUACGAUGAAAUUUAAAUCCUAUUCAAUUGGAACAGAGUCGCUUUUGCUUUGUUUCGUUCAAUUUUCCAACAACGCAAAAUCAACUAUAUUUCCUACACUGUAGGUUCAAAUUUCAAUGGCAAACAUUGGAAUUUUCAUUUGUAUGGCUGGGCUUUAGGAGGGUGUUCAAAUCAGUCGAAAUGUUGCUUUGCAUAAAUAUAUGUCAGAGCAUAUUGCGGUCGAAUUUCACGUUGAUUUGCGACUGAAGAAAAUGUAAAUAAGUACCUAAUUACAAUUUUAUUCAUAGUUUAAUUGAUAUAUACUUAAUUUUAUAAUAAGUUGUUACCAAAAAUACUCAAUGAUUUAAUUAAGCUAACUGGGCUAAAUAACGCCAACUGUUCUAAAAUUAUCCUUUUAAUUUUUAUAUAAAAAUGCAAUCGUUAAUAUCAGGAAUCCUUAAAUGCGUUAUCCUGUGCAGUUAUUAUGGAUUAUAUUAACUGUUUCAAUAUUUAUAGUCACCAUACAUUCUGUCAGUUGGUUUUAACAUUAUUUACGAAUGCUUGUUGCAUGUAAAUUGCGAUAGUCUUUACCAAAAUUCCUUUAAUAUUUAAGUGCAUUCCAUACCAAAGACACGGAACAAUCGUUCAUAACAUAAUAGUGCCAUAGUUAGUUUUUAAAGUUCAUAGGGCAUAAUAAUUAUUGUUUGAGAACAAGCACAAUUUAGUAAUAAAAGAAUAACAGACAAUAUUUAAUGAUAAGUAUACUUAUAAUGUAAAAUAUAUCGUUAAAUGUUAGAUGUUUGGAACCAUAUCAUUUAAAAUCCUGAAUCAUUUAGUCGACAUAACCUAACGUUCUUUUAGAAGAACAAAUUCAUUCUUGUGUGAUCGGAAUAUCAACUACUUAGUGACUAUUUCGCUUAAAAAUAUAAAAUAUUUUUGUAAUUUACCAAAAAUGUAAUAAUUCAGUAGUAAUUAUAAGGUAGAUAUAUGACUUUUUUGGUAAAUUAAGUAGGUUUCUAUAACAUUUUUGUUGUAGUAGCAGAGGAUACAGUAAAAUGUAAAAAUAAUAAUUGUUAAACAUGUUACCAAAAUUAGAUUAUAAGUAUAAUUACAAUCCUGUUUUUCCCACUUCAUAAUUAUACAAGUUACAAUACGCCUACAUUAAUUCUUACACUUUCUUCUCAUCCAUAAUAACUUAUUUUAAGGGCCUACUAGAUUUUGACUGUUUCUUCUGUAGGUAUAAUUGAAUUCGAGUUGUAUGAAAUAGGCGUACGUAGUACAAUUUUUAUAUUGACACUUUCUUUACUUUAUGUCGAUUAGGUACCUUAUCUAACAAAACUUCCCUGAGACUCGGACAUAAAUUCAGUAUAUUGAAACAGGUUACUGACGUUUUUAAGUCUAAAAGUGUUCGACAUAUAAAACGUGAGUGACCUGUUUUAAUAAAUUAGGUACUUAUGUCGAUUACCUACUUAUCCAAAAAUCAAUAUGUUUAGACUUAGGUAGGUAUUGUAUUAUUGUGCCAAAAGGAUACUUAGUUACUUAAUAAGUAGUACCCUAAGUUGUGUAAAAUAAUAAUUAUGCUAGUGUUUUGUAACUUAGAAAAAAAAAUAUGAAUGAGUAGACGUUACAUUAUUUUUAUUAAAACGCCAUGAAAAUACCA